CCCUUUCUAUCCAGCUGCUCCAGCUUUCUCCGUCCCAGGACACACAGAACCUUGCUCCUCAGGUGCCAAAGUCUGCGGCGGGGCGGUUUGAGCAGAGGAGCGGAGCCGCGGGGUCUGCGGCGCGGGUGAAGAGCGGCGAGUAGUUCCGAGAAGGAUCGGUAGACGCCGGGAGCAACGCGCGGGCCGUGGUGCGCGGGGCUGGAUCCCCGGCCGCCGGGUGCCUGCGGGCGCCGACGCCACAGAGCCCCCGGUUUAAACGCGUCUCCCGGCUACGGCCAUCCCUCCGCCUCUCCUCCUGGGUCGCCAGGGCCGGGCCUGAACGCCCACCGACAGCACCCUGGGCCCAGAGCGCUCGCGGGCCUCCUCUCCAAUGAUUCAGGAGUCACGCCCCGCGCUGCUGCAGCCCCAAGAUGUCGGAGACACGGUGGAGACGCUCAUGUUACAUCCAGUGAUCAAGGCUUUCCUGUGUGGCUCCAUCAGUGGAACCUGCUCUACUCUCCUUUUCCAGCCUCUGGAUCUCCUUAAAACACGCCUGCAGACUCUACAGCCCUCAGAUCAUGGGUCAAGACGUGUUGGGAUGUUGGCUGUACUCUUGAAGGUGGUUCGCACGGAGAGUAUUUUGGGCCUUUGGAAAGGGAUGUCCCCUUCCAUUGUGAGAUGUGUCCCUGGUGUUGGAAUCUACUUUGGCACUCUCUACUCUUUGAAGCAGUAUUUUUUGCGAGGCCAUCCCCCCACUGCCCUGGAGUCGGUCAUAUUGGGGGUGGGCUCUCGCUCUGUUGUAGGGGUAUGCAUGUCACCUGUCACUGUGAUCAAGACACGCUACGAGAGCGGGAGAUAUGGUUAUGAGAGCAUCUACGCAGCCCUGAGGAGCAUCUACCGCAAUGAGGGGCACCGGGGCCUCUUCAGUGGCCUCACAGCGACUCUCCUUCGUGAUGCACCCUUUUCAGGAAUCUACCUGAUGUUUUACAAUCAGACCAAAAGCAUCAUUCCCCACGACCAGUUGGAUGCAUCCCUUCUUCCCGUUGUAAAUUUCAGCUGUGGGAUAUUUGCUGGUAUUCUGGCUUCACUGGUAACUCAACCUGCAGAUGUUAUCAAAACUCAUAUGCAACUCUCCCCAGUGAAGUUUCAGUGGAUUGGCCAAGCAGUGAUGCUCAUUUACAAAGAGUAUGGGCUGCAUGGCUUCUUCCAAGGUGGUGUCCCCCGGGUUCUCCGCAGAACUCUGAUGGCAGCGAUGGCAUGGACAGUCUAUGAAGAAAUGAUGGCCAAGAUGGGCCUGAAGUCCUGACCAAGAGAGGACUGGGAAAGGAUGGAAUCUGUUGCCUUGCGUGGUUUCUUCCGGCGGCUGCUUCAUCUCACUGGCCUAGAAUAAGAUGAAGUUCUCCCUGGAAAGCCAGGCAGAAGCAUUGUUGCUUCAGUUACCCCUUUUAAAGGGAAAGUAGUUGGACCUGGCUCGAGCCUUCAGAAUCUCCCAAAGGAGGAGUCACCAAUAUAUACAUUGAGGAGUUAGGAGAAAGGUUUGCCUAUCCCCAAGGCUGCUUGAAAAGGCAUUUCCAGAGAGAGCUCUGUCAGGUGGCUCUGCUGCAGCCACUUGCCUACACCACAGUGCCUCCUUGGAUAUGUUCUUGGGCAAGGAAAGCAAAGCCAGAGAAGCUGUGGCCAUCUGCCGUGCCUGAGGAGCUCCAGCUGGGGAAGGCUGGAUCUGAGCAGAGGAAUCACCAUCACCAGGCUGAAGACUGUGUUGGAGGUGAUGUUAAGAUAAGGAAGAACAGAUGUCAUUAUUUAAUUGGUUCUUAAACAACUUCUCAGAGAUUCUGAAGAAUGGGGAUGGUGGCUUCCUAGCCUCUAAAUGUCCAAAUAAAAUUUUUUGGUUUUGGCUGUGCACUACUUUAGUUCUAAGUUUUACUUGUAUUUUUGUGCUGCUAAAGUCAGAUAAAUA